UUAUUCUGCUCUUUGCUCUAGACAACUCAGAGUUCACCAUGGGCUCCAUCGGUGCAGUAAGCAUGGAAUUCUGUUUUGAUGUAUUCAAGGAACUCAAAGUCCACCAUGCCAAUGAGAACAUCUUCUACUCCCCCUUCACCAUCAUUUCAGCUCUGGCCAUGGUCUACCUAGGUGCAAAAGACAGCACCAGGACCCAGAUAAAUAAGGUUGUUCGCUUUGAUAAACUUCCAGGAUUUGGAGACAGUAUUGAAGCUCAGUGUGGAACAUCUGUAAAUGUCCACUCUUCACUCAGAGACAUACUCAACCAAAUCACCAAACCAAAUGAUGUUUAUUCAUUCAGCCUUGCCAGUAGACUUUAUGCUGAAGAGACAUACCCAAUCCUGCCGGAAUACUUGCAAUGUGUGAAGGAACUGUAUAGCGGAGGCUUGGAAUCUAUCAACUUUCAAACAGCUGCAGAUCAAGCCAGAGGGCUCAUCAAUUCCUGGGUAGAAAGUCAGACAAAUGGAAUGAUCAAAAAUGUCCUUCAGCCAAGCUCUGUGGAUUCUCAAACUGCAAUGGUCCUGGUUAAUGCCAUUGUCUUCAAAGGACUGUGGGAGAAAGCAUUUAAGGAUGAAGACACGCAAGCAGUACCUUUCAGAGUGACUGAGCAAGAAAGCAAACCUGUGCAGAUGAUGCACCAGAUUGGUUUAUUUAAAGUGGCAUCAAUGGCUUCUGAGAAAAUGAAGAUCCUGGAGCUUCCUUUUGCCAGUGGAACAAUGAGCAUGUGGGUGCUGUUGCCUGAUGAAGUCUCAGGCCUUGAGCAGCUCGAGACUACAAUCAGCUUUGAAAAAAUGACUGAAUGGUUCAGUUCUAAUGUUAUGGAAGAGAGGAAGAUCAAAGUGUACUUGCCUCGCAUGAAGAUUGAGGAAAAAUAUAACCUCACAUCUGUCUUAAUGGCUAUGGGAAUGACCGACCUGUUCAGCUCUUCAGCCAAUCUGUCCGGCAUCUCCUCAGCAGGGAGCCUGAAGAUAUCUCAAGCUGUCCAUGCAGCAUACGCAGAAAUCUAUGAAGCAGGCAGAGAGGUGGUAGGCUCAGCAGAGGCUGGAGUGGAUGCUGCAAGCGUCUCUGAAGAAUUUAGGGUUGACCAUCCAUUCCUCUACUGUAUCAAGUACAACCCAACCAACACCAUCCUCUUCUUUGGCAGAUGUAUUUCCCCUUAAAAGGAAGAAAGUUGAAAGAGCCUGUUCCUUUCAGCAAGACCCAGAGCACUGUAGU